CCUCUUCUAUUUGACUCUCCACGCCAACGCCCCUCCCUCUUGCAAUGGACAAUAGUAGCUCUGAGUCUGAGCUUCAACUUUGCGGACCUUCCCACGGAGUGUCCGAUUCCGGCGAUCCGAUGCGGCAUGAUUCUGACGCCGCUGGUGUUGCUGGCUCUGGUGGUGCCAGGUACAAGCUGAUGUCACCGGCGAAGCUCCCGAUCUCAAGGUCGCCCUGCAUCACGAUCCCUCCGGGUCUUAGUCCGACGUCGUUUCUUGAGUCUCCUGUUCUGCUCUCAAAUGUUAAGGUAGAGCCUUCUCCAACUACUGGUUCCUUAACUAAACCUCAAAUGGAACAUGGCUUUCUUGGCUCGAACACAUAUUCAAUGAAAGUUCCCUCAAAUGCCUUAGAAGAAAGAAAAUACAGCUGCUUUGAGUUUAGACCCCAUGCUAGAUCAAACUUGGUUCCUGCAGAUAUGAACCACCAAAGAAGUGAAUGCGUUCAAGGUCAGUGCCAGUCUCAGUCACAUCCACCAUCACCUGCAGUAAAAAAUGAGAUGGCCGUCCCCUCAAAUGAAUUCAGCUUGACAGCACCACUUCCCACGGUUACAUCAGGGGUUAGUGCUCCUACUGAAAUUGAUUCAGAUGAACUAAACCAGAUGGGGAUCUCCAAUAGUGGGCUUCAGGCAUCACAAUCUGAUCAUAAAGGCGGAAAUGGUAUUUCAAUGCCAUCUGAUGAUGGAUAUAACUGGAGGAAAUAUGGUCAGAAACAUGUUAAAGGAAGUGAAUUCCCACGCAGCUAUUACAAAUGUACACAUCCUAACUGUGAAGUGAAAAAGUUAUUUGAGCGCUCUCAUGAUGGACAGAUAACAGAGAUUGUAUAUAAGGGUACACAUGAUCAUCCUAAGCCUCAACCCAGCCGCCGAUAUGCUGCUGGUGCUGUUUUGUCCAUGCAAGAAGAUAGAUCUGACAAAAUUUCAUCUUUACCUGGAGGAGAUGACAAGUCAUCUAGUGCAUUUGGCCAAGUGCCGAACACUAUUGAGCCAAAUAACGCUCCUGAACUGUCUCCUGUUAUGGCAAAUGAUGAUAGCAUUGAAGGUGCUGAAGACGAGGAUGAUUCCUUCUCAAAAAGGAGGAAAAUGGAUACCGGGGGUUUUGAUGUUACUCCAGUGAUUAAACCUAUACGGGAACCACGUGUUGUUGUCCAAACUCUCAGUGAGGUUGACAUAUUGGAUGAUGGGUACCGGUGGCGCAAAUAUGGGCAGAAGGUAGUGAGAGGCAAUCCUAAUCCAAGGAGUUACUACAAAUGCACAAAUGCUGGAUGCCCAGUUAGGAAACAUGUGGAGAGGGCAUCUCAUGAUCCUAAAGCAGUCAUAACCACUUACGAGGGGAAACACAAUCAUGAUGUACCUACAGCAAGGAGCAGUAGUCACGAUACAGUAGGACCAACACUUGUGAAUGGGUCAUCAAGGAUUAGAUCAGACGAAAAUGAGACGAUUAGCCUUGAUCUUGGGGUUGGGAUCAGUUCAACUGCUGAAAAUAGAUCUACCGACCAGCAACAUGGGCCACAUUCUGAGCUUACCAAAAGCCAAACCCAAACAAGUGGUUCCGGUUUCAGAAUAGUUCCAAGAAUCCCGAUUGCACCUUCCUAUAGUGUUCUAAAUGGUGGGGUGAAUCAGUAUGGAUCUAGACAAAAUCCUAAUGAAGGCCGAAGUGUUGAAAUUCCAGCUUUAAGCCAUUCUUCUUACCCAUAUCCUCAGAACAUGGGAAGAUUAUUAACGGGUCCAUAAAUUUCUUUCAAAUGAAGUCUGGAAAUUGAAAAAAAAAAAAAAAAAAGAAAUCAUCCUGUGGAGAUAUUUCAUUUGUCCUUCCAUUUGAGCUGUUACAUGCCAAAAAGGUUAGAAUCUGUACUGAAAAUUUGAAUUGUUGCGACUGUUGGGGCUGAUAUCCGUAUUAACUUGUUGCAAAUUCUGCUGUCGCCAAUUACUGUAUCAAUCAACUUUGCUGAGCACAAAGCAUUGUACAAAUAUGAAAGUAACACAGGUAUUUAUUUCCUGAAAGAAACUCUACUGUAAAAUGAGUGCUUGAAACGGGGUUCAUUUUGGUUUCCCUUGGUGUUUUGAAAUGAAAUUUAAUUUCUUUUUCUUUC